AUGACUGAGGUGUCUGCUUCAGCGUUGCGCUUUGGGAAAAGCAAAUGGUGCGUUAUCGGAGUGGAGAUUGAUGAGAAACAGUUAGAUUGUUUGUCGCUGUUACCGAUUAUCCGAUAUUUUGUCAAAAGACGUACACUCGAAGUUGUUAUGCCUGAAUUUUGCAUUUACAAAAGUGCUUUAAGUGCAUUAAAACUGUUAAUAUUGGUGCCUCAUAUGGUGCAUGAUGGUCUUCUUGCUCUAAUAGUUACUAGAGAUGCUUGCGGUUCUGUUAUUAUACAGAAGAGCACCGGUCCAAAAUAUCCUCGUUUUGUUACAAAGAGGGUUUAUAUGUCUGAGGAAGUAGGAGUGCUUUACAGUAAACAUUCAAGCACCAGAAACACAUCGGAAACGGUACAAGCAUUAUAA